ACGUUGUAGCUGACUGACUGACUUGAUAGAAACUUACUCCAUCUGAUUUUGGUUUUGCGCAUAGAAUUUAUGUGUUUUGGAAAUAUACCUAUUCAGCAUCAACUCGUAAAUUUCGAUUGUAUCUCACUUCCUUCCUUUUGUUACAGCAGGCGUCAGAACUCACGGUUAAUCUAUGAAAGUCAGGUUUUUUAUUGAAGAAUAAUCAAGUUAUUGGCUUUUGUAUUACCCGAUUUUAUAUUUGCUUGGAAUAGCUGUUUUAAUAACUCGCUUUUACUAUGUGAAGAUUCGUGUACUUGGCUUUGAGCAACAUUACGUGUUUGGGCUAGUAAUACUACCCGGUUCCUCAAGCCAAUACUGUUACCACUUCUGCUACUUAGGAAUUUGUCAUGAUAAUUUUAUCUCUCCGUGUUAAUAUGAUGUGGAAAUCUGAACAGACACACGUUUUUCAGGUUCUACGUUGUACAUGACUGAAACCGAAGUCUACGGAGCGGUUUUCGAACCUCCCACUUUAUUACCUGAUUAGGCAUGUAUAUCCUUCUUGAAAGUAGGUCUCUUGGAAUUUGGAUAAUAUUCUGUUACUUGGCCGAAAUUAGUUAGUUUUCUGUCACUAUAUAGUCUUCUAAGUUUACUACUGCUUUAGUUAUGAGUGUGAAUAACAUCAGUGAUAUCUAGUGUACUCUGUAAGUAAGCAGUGAAUUUUUAUCUGCAUAAUGUGUGUCAACUGUUAAUUUACAACAAGUUUCGGAAAAUGUCAAUGAUUUAAUGUGUAUAUUGUCUCUUAUCAUUUUGUAGAUACCAAAUAAAGCUAAAAUGCCCCGACAAGCGGAACUUAUCUGUCCAGAAGACCAAACACCCAUACGAGGGACCUGUAAACCAGCAGAUGCUGAAUCACAUGUCGAUUGUACUUUACUUAAGGAAGUAACGAAAAAAUCCAAACACCAUUCAAAAAGAAGUUCUCAAACUACUCACUCAGAUGGUAAAGAGAAAACUCUGAAAACAAAACAUGCAAAGAAUAGAAACGAAUCCUCAGUCGUUAUCAGUCCUAAGCUCUCUUCGGAUGUUAACCAACCGAAUAGUGCAGAUAAAGAAGGGCUUGAAAAAGAAAUUACACUCGGCAAAAACAAGCGCGAACAUGUGAAAAAAAAGCGAAAACAUUCGAAAGGUGAAACAAGGCAUGAAAAGCGUAGCAAACAUGAUGAAGCGAACUCUGGGGUAACUGUUGGUCAAUCAGUUGUCAAAGGAUCUGUCCAUAAACACAAGCAUCGCGACAAACCUCAUGGUUCGCCAAAGAUGUCAAUGGUGGAUGGGAUAACUCAUCGUUCUACCAAGUCCAUCGUUUGCGGGGACAGUUGUCGCCAAGAUGCUCCAACUUCAGUAAAAGAACAAGGCUUUGAAGUUGUUUCACGUUCUUAUACUUAUGAACCCGUUCCAGGGACACCUUCAUCCGCCUCUAGAUGUUCUUCACAUAUUUCACGUUCAUCUUCUUUCAGCCAAUCUCCGACACGCUCCGGAAAACAUGAAAUGCACCGCGUCCAUGACCCACGUUUUCAUGAAAAGUUACACAGGCAGAGGUAUGAGCAGAACAGUAGAUCGCCAUCCAUGCAUUUACAUCAUGAUCACAAACCUGACCUUCCAACACGGGCCACAGAUAGCGGUCAUGGAACUAAUCCUGAAGAAAAGUAUAAUUCAGUAAAAAGAACGCAAUCAUCUGUCAGUUCACCUUCAAAGUCAAAGCGAUAUAAUUCAGCUACUUUAAGUUAUGGGUAUCGUCAAUCAACACAGCGUCACCAUUUAUCCCCAAGUUAUAGGUCUCACUCAAGACAUCAUGGACCUCACCGUGAAAGAAGUUGUAGUGGCUCGGAAAGAUAUGAAUCUAGACGAACAUCAGCAUACCGCGCAGGUGAUAAACAACAUAUUCACUCAAAGACUUAUCUCGCUAAGGCAAAACCCAGAUAUCAUAAUCCGGAUGACAAUCCUGAUUUACAUGAGAUUAGUUAUUCAAAAAAUUAUGAACGUCGUCACAUACGUGAUUCUAAUAGCACAAAAAGACACGGAAGUGAAAGUCAUCGACGUGAAACUAUUGAAUCUUUAUCACCGUCACCUAAAAUCUCAAAACAACUUCGUGAGAAUUAUGAACCUCAACAUCAUUCAACACGUCAACAAGUUAAUAACUUACUGAAAUCCCAGUCAGACAUACACCCACCUCUGUUGCCAAAACGUGAUCGACGAAGCACAAAUGAAGUUCAUGAUUCUUGUAGUCCAAGUUGGAAGUCAACCAAUAGCAUUCCAGUUUGUACUGAGUCUGCUCAUCAUCCCUCGAGUUCUCCUUCUCAUCCUCUUUGUUUUCUACCUAAGGACAAAGAUCGAAAACUACAGACAUCUCACGCUCUUUGUGAACUUUUGGAUGGAUUAAAGUGUGAAGAUGUUUCGGAUACUGAAUUGCACUUGAUAAUCCCUCCUUCUAUGAUCAAUACUUUGUCGUCAGACACCUCGCUGGGUUGUAAUAAUGAAUUAACAUGUAAAGCUGAAUUGUCAGUCAAAAAUAAUCGUGAUGGUACCUAUAACAGUAAUGAUAACAAUAAUAGUAGUCAUAAUGCAAAUUCAAAUCAUUUGGCUGCUGAGAAAGUUGAGAAAGAUGAAAGCACUUAUCAAAAUAGAUUAAAUAAUAAUAUUAAUCUAGACUCUUUAGAAGCUUUAUCCACUCAAAUUAGACAACAUAUGACAGGUCCAGAAAAUUGGGAUAUUAAUGACUUAGCCGAUCCCAUUGAGCUCGGAGAAGAAUAUUCAGAAAAUACAACUGAUCAGGCUCAUUCAGAUUUAUUAAAUUCAGAGAAAUCAAACGACAGUUUGUAUACGCCAUGGCAAGAAUUAAUUGAAUCAGCUGGACAAAAAUUAUCCUUAGAUGCCACUAAAUCGGAUGAACAAGAUUAUGUUCAGUGUGUUGGAACUUUCAUCGCUGGUAUAGGACAUCAAGACAUAAUUUCAUUGAGGGGACGUGCCAACGGUGUUGAUGUCUUACGAAGGACUGGAGUUAGCCGUACAUAUUUCGACAGUGAUUUGCUUAUGCAUUUAUCAACAAAUACUAGUUCAAAUGAACAGUCUGGAGAGAUUUUGUGUCAGACAGUCGAAUUUCCAGAUACAUGGGCUAAAGCAAAUUGUGGAAAUUCACUAACCGGUUCAGGAAUUUUAAAUCAAUUAUCCAAAUUAGUAUUGCCUUUGUCACGUAAAACGGAUGGUUAUCUUCGUCAAAAUUUAUUGAAAAUUAUCAAAUGUACAUAA